AUGAGCGCUGGACGAAGUGUGUGGAGCCGGUCGGGCAACAAUGUCGCCGCCGUAGCGUCUGCAACGUCGCCCGUGGCAGUGAAGCUACACGACGUGAUGGAUGCGGAGCUGGCGGCCAAGCUGCAACGCGAGGAGCAGGAGCAGUGGGAGCGCGAGAUGGAAGGUCGAUUCGGCGGCGAGGACCGCCAGACCGGAUGGUGCUUCGUGGAGGUGCCCAGCUCCAACUCGGGCAACGGCGUCAUGAGCGUUAUCCAGCAGGAAGUGACAGUGGAGGACGCGCAGGAGGACAACGAUCCGGACUACACUUUUGCCCUUGAACUCCAGGCUCAAGAAGCUGAGGAGUACGAUCGCUUGCGGCGUCAAGAGGCCUCGUCCAUGGAGCGUAUCCGUGUGAUCCGGCAAGAGGACCCCAAGCGAGAGGAGAUCCGCCAGACGUUGCAGCGCUAUUACGAUCGAGAAGCUCAUCGCGAGUUCGAUCGCGACGAACCAGUUGAGGUGCACACGGUGCACAACGGAACUGACAUGCCGACUACUCACUCGGUUGCUGCUGUCAGCGCUGUAUCUGCAAAACCGAAGCCGUCAAUUGAACGGCCUCGCCUCGGCGACCCGGACAUCGUUCACGAUGUUUAUUUGGAUGGCGCAGGCUGGCGAGUGCCGAAAAAGCCGGCGACGAAGCAGUCGGAAAGAAAGAACCGUCACCACCGGUCCAAGAACUCGUCGUUGUCCGGUGGUAGUGUACCUGGCAACCGAAUCUGA